AUGUCUCAUAGCGCGAGUUUUUCAAUCGGUACCAAAGGUGCAAGAAUCCCCGCCAUGGGAUUUGGUACUUUUCAGCCAGACGACAACCCCAAAGAGGGCGUAACAGAGGCCGUGUUGCGGGCGCUCGAGGCGGGGUAUCGACAUAUCGACACGGCGUGGAAUUAUGGUAAUGGAGAGGCCGAGCGAGGUGUUGGUGAAGCUCUGAGAAAGUGGAACGGCAAGCGUGAGGAGGUUUUCAUCGUUACUAAGCUGGCCAACCCCCAUCACAAGUCAACAGACGUCGAAGCGGCCUUGGAGCUCAGCCUCGAGAAUCUUGGCUUAGACUAUGUCGACUUGUACUUGAUGCACACUCCCGUCGCAUACGAACGGAUUGGCAAAGGCAAAUCUGAAUGGUUGACUGCUCGGCAUCCUGACGGAAAGCCGAAACUCGACAUGGCAACGACCCAGCGUUACGAUUUGACUUGGAAAGCCAUGGAGCAGCUCGUCAAAGCUGGCAAGGUCAAGCACAUAGGGGUUUCCAAUUUCAAUAUCCGAAAGGUUCAAAAGAUCCUCGACACGUGCACAAUCAAGCCGGCCGCGAAUCAGGUCGAAAUUCACCCUUACCUUUUAGAGUCUGAUUUGAUCAAAUUUUGCAACGAGAAUGGCAUCCAUGUUACUGCAUUCUCUCCCUUGGGUGGCGUGCCUGAUGCUGCUGUGGCUGCCAAUGCGGACGUCCCGGGACCGCUACACAAUGAAGUGAUUAUAUCCAUUGCUGAGAAACAUGGCCUUUCUCCAGCUCAGGUGCUUUUGAAAUGGGGCUUACAGCGAGGCACAAGUGUGAUUCCGAAAGCGUUCACCCCCUCCCAUAUUACUGACAAUUUUGCUGUCUUGGCACUUGAAGACCUUCCCGAUGAAUACGUUACCGCAAUCAAUGAGAUUAGGAAAGAUGAGGGUGAGGUCAGGUUUAUCAACUAUCUUUCUCACUGGGGGUUUGACAUUUUCCGCCCAGGGCCUGAGGAUCCCACUGAGGAGCCCUAG